GGGAGAAACUAGAAAAGGGUUGAGUACGAGUUGAGGAGUUAAACACAGCCAUGUACUGUCUCUCGUGAAGAACCUGCUCUUCUAAAAAGAUUGUAUUUUUAUAUAUAUAUAUUUUUUCCAAAUCUCAUUAAAAAAAAAAAAAAAAAAAAAACUGAGAAAAAUUCUUUGCUUGCUUCUUUUACAUCACGGGAUCCAUCUCCUGUGUCUUCUCUUUUUUCGUAUCUCUCUGUCUUUCUUCUUCUUCUUCGUUGAGACUCUCACAUUCUUUCGGAACAGAGAGAACUAGAUUCUUAGAUAGAUAUAAAGACACAACCAAACCCAGAAACAGCUUUUACUUUUUUUUUUUUAAUUUUUGUAGUUCAAUAUACAGAUAAUUAUACUGGAAAAAAAUGUCGCAUGCUGGGAAAUCAAUACAAGAAAUGGGUUUUGAUUCUCUCACAAACAGGUUUAGAGAUGCGUUGAGCUGCCGUGGUAAUGGUAGUGAGAAUGAUAACAAGCCGGACUUUAAAGAGCUCGAUCUAGGCUCACCCGUUUCGCCCUUGAGAACUCGGGGCUCGGCUAAUGCGGCCGGCGGAGGUGGCGCUACUACUUCGAGUAGUAGCUCGAGCUCUUCCGGUUCGGCUUCGGGAAAAACUAAUAAUGCCCAAUUGGGUAGAAGAUCGGAUGCCAAAGAAGUCAAAAACCACUCCGGUGAGCUAUCGUUCUCGUCGGAAACCAGUCCGAGUGUCCACGAGAGUCACCGAUCUGCUUCCGCAACGCGUAAUUUCAAGCCGGGUCAUCGGAGAUCGGUCUCGGCUGGACCCCCAUUGAUCUACUCUGGUGGAAGCUUUAGUGCCAUUAACAGUGCUAGUAAUGGCGGCGGCGGUAUUGGUGGUGGAGGCAGUGGGAACACCGCAACUUCGUCCCCUUCAAACUCCGGCGGCAGCACUAUUUUCCCGAGCGGCAAUAUUUGUCCCUCCGGGAAGGUUUUGAAGUCUGGAAUGGGGUCUAGAACCUCCACUAAGACUGAUGUGUUGGGCUCUGGUACUGUGAACUACGGCCAUGGUAAUAUCAUGCGGGGGGGCGCAAAAUUGAGUGGAGGUGCCGGAGAAUCGAACACCACCGUUGGCGGACCUGGGAUUGUACAGUUUUCCGGAGAACCAGGAACGAUGAAGAGGGCAUUGGCGAAUUCUGAUCCAGAGGAGGUGAAAAGGUCAGGAAACGAGCUUUAUAGAAAAGGAUAUUUUGUGGAGGCAUUAUCGUUGUAUGAUCGAGCUAUUUCAUUGUCACCGGAUAACGCCGCUUACCGGAGUAACAGGGCGGCGGCAUUGACGGCUCUUGGGAGGUUAGGGGAAGCGGUGAGGGAGUGUGAGGAGGCUGUGAGGUUGGACCCUGGUUAUGGGAGGGCCCACCAUAGAUUGGCUUCUCUCUAUCUCCGCAUUGGGCAGGUUGAAAAUGCACGCUGCCACCUCUUUUCUCAUGGCCAACUACCAGAUCAAUCUGAAUUGCAGAAAUUGAAAUCACUAGAGAAGCAUUUAAAACAAUGCGCAGAUGCCCGGAAGCUUGGUGAUUGGAAGAGCGUGAUAAGGGAAUCAGAUGCAGCCUUGGCAAUUGGGGCGGACUCCUCUCCUCAGCUUUUUUCUUGCAAAGCAGAAGCCUUUUUGAAGCUUCAUCAGCUUGAAGAAGCCGAGUUGAGCCUCUUAAACAUUCACAAGUUUGAAGAUUAUCCUUCUUCUUGUUUACAAUCCAAAUUUGCUGGCAUGGUUGUGGAAGCUUAUUUGUACUUUGUUCGAGCUCAAGUUGAUAUGGCAUUGGGAAGGUUUGAGAAUGCUGUGGCAGCAGCUGAGAAGGCUGGCGUAAUUGACUACAGUAACCUUGAAAUUUCAAUGGUGUUAAAAAAUGUGAAAAUGGUGGCAAGAGCUCGUUCUCGUGGUAACGAACUUUUCAGCUCAGGAAGAUUUGCAGAUGCUUGUUCAGCUUAUGGAGAAGGCUUAGAAUAUGAUAUUCCCAACUCUGUUCUAUAUUGCAAUAGAGCUGUGUGCUGGUCUAAGCUUGGAAUUUGGGAAAAGUCAGUCUUGGAUUGUAACCAAGCACUCAAGAUUCAGCCAAAUAACACCAAGGCCCUUCUUCGCAGGGCUGUCUCAAAUGCAAAGCUGGAACGAUGGGCAGAAGCUGUGAGAGACUAUGAGGUCUUGAGGAGGUUACUUCCUGGAGACAAUGAAGUUGCCGAGUCUCUUCACCGUGCUCAAGUUGCGCUGAAGAGAUCUUAUGGUGGUGGUCUACAAAACAAGAAGUUCGAUGGGGAAGUAGAGGAAAUUUCUAGUCUAGAUAAAUUCAAAGCUGCAAUUUCUUCACCUUGUUUUUCGGUUGUCCAUUUCAAGGUCUCUUCCGAUGAACAGUGUGAAGAAAUAUCCCCAUUCAUAAAUAUGUUGUGCGUUAGAUACCCUUCUGUUAAAUUCUUUAAGGUGGAUGUGGAAGAGAGCUCGACGGUGGCAAAGGCCGAAAAUAUUAGAUCAGUACCAACAUUUAAAAUCUACAAGAAUGGUGAGAAAGUGAAGGAGAUGAUCCGCCCAAAUCAUCAGUUUUUGGAGGAGUCAGUAAGGAGCUGUACUAGUAAUAAUAAUAUGGUUCUCUAGAAGGCUUUGUCCAUUAUUGUGUCCUCUUUUGAAUAUCAACCAAUUGGUUUAUUUUCAUACUAGGAUUACUAGUCUCUUUACCUGUGACAUAACCAGGUACAUAAAUUGUUUCAUAUAGUUUUUUUUCCAACGCACAGAAUCCCUUUAGAGAGAGAAGAAAAAGAAGAAAAAAAAAAGAGAGAAGAGAGAAGAGAGUAGAUUGUUUUUGUUUCACAUAUUUGGUGGCGGAAUUAUAUAUUCUUUCCAAUUAUUAAUUUGCUCUGUUGGGUUAAUGUUUUUUCUCCCA